AUGAAAGGUAGUCGAAAAAUUUUUGAGUUCCGUGGUGUCAAGGUAUCGACGGUUUCGCGCACCGUGUCCACCGAAAUCGGAGCCGAGGAGGAGACAAAGCGCCAUCGACGUUCUCUGGACGCAGCGGUAACGGCGCGCGCUCGCGCUACGAGGGACCGGCAGCGCGUGCCCGAGCAGCCUCACCAACCUGAGUCAUGGCAGGCGGGUGACGGCAAAGAUGUACCAGAGCCCACGACUACUGCACCUGUUUUCACAACUGAGCUGGACAGCCCGGCCUUGUUCGACGACCCAAACCUUCCCGAGGGCUGGUACCGCAAGGUCUGCCAGCGGCAGAGCGGACGCUCGGCGGGCAAGUUCGAUGUCUACAUAUACAACCCGCAGGGCAAGAAGUUUCGCUCACGGAAUGAGUUGGCGGCCUAUCUGGAGCAGGUGAACAGCCCGCUUUUGGUGUCGGACUUUGACUUCACUGUCAAAGGGGAGCAAUCCAGGGCCAAGUCAGCUGGGCUGCCUCCACCACCAUCAGCACGGAAGCCGGUGACACCAUCCCCAACCAAGCGAGAGAAAAAAGUGGGAUCGGACAAGAAGCCGCAGUCUGAGAAAAAGCCACAGUCCGACAAGAAGCCGCAGUCUGACAAGAAGCCGCAGCCUGACAAGAAGCAGCAGUCUGACAAGAAGCCGCAGUCUGACAAGAAGCUGCAGUCCGACAAGAAGCCACCUGCCGAGAAGAAGACUCCAGUGGAAAAGAAGAAGGCGCAGUCAACAAAGAAGGCUGCCUCCGAAAAGAAGGUGUCUUCUUCUGGGUCCAAGCCAGUGUCAUCACCAGCGCCACGAACAGGUCGUAAGUUGAUGGUCAGACUCAAUUUCACUUCACCAAAAAAGCGAAUCCUCAAAAACUACUCUGAGAAUAAGGUUGAAAGUGGGGACGCAGGGGGCGGUACAGAUGAGGGUUCGGAAAGCCCACUUCCGGCCAAGGGCGAGGACCAAAUACCACCGGCAGCAGCGGACAACAAGAAGCAGAUGGAGGCGGGACUGAGCACCCCCGACGUGGAUGCCAGUACUGUUUCAGAAGGAGACAGCACGCCCAAAAGCGAGCCUGUCACAAAGAAAAACAAGGAGAAUGCUGUAGACAAGGUUUCAUCAAAAAAGAAAAAGAAGAAGGAAAAGGAAGAGGCCCCGGUGAAAAAGCCUGACAAAAGUUUGCCCGUGAAAAAGGAAGCUCCACAGAAGCCUGAAGGCCGUGUAAGGAAACGAAAAAUAGUAGAGGUGGAGGACAUGCUUUUCAAGGAAUUUGACCGACUUGAACGAAAGCCAGUAGUGAAGCCUAAAACGGCACCUGAGGAGAAGAAGAAGGCCGAGUCUAAGGACAAGUUGGAAGAUGACGUGGCUGCCAUCAAAGCGGCUGAGGCCAAGGUUGUUCCACCACCUGACGAGCCCAAGAAAGAGCAGGCAAAAGAAAAGCAUGAGGGAAAGAAGAUCAAGAAACGAGACGACAAAUCUACUAAGACCAAAGCAGAGCCAGAAUUGAAGGCUGAAGCCAAGCAGCAGUCUGAAACCCAGGCGAAGUCUGAAUCCCAGCCAAAGGCCAAAGUGCAAGCUGCAAAGGCCAAAGCUCAUCAAAAGGCCAAAGCUCAGCCAAAGGACAAAGUCGAUUCCAAGCCUGAAGGCCAGCAUGAUGCCGAACCCAAAUCGAAGGUAAAAGCAAAGCCUGUGUCGGAGCCACAGUCCAAGUUGGAAAGCCAAGCUAAGUCUGAAGACCAGUCUGAAGCUCACUCUGAGGCUGGAGCUGAUUCUAAAGCGCAGGCUUCACCUGAGACCCAACACAAGUCCGAAGCUCAGCCCGAGCCUGAUGUGCAGCCUGAAUUUGAUGAUCAGCCCGAGUCCAACGUUCAGCCUGAGUCUGAAGAACAGGCCGGGUCUGAUGCCCUUCAUGACUCUAAAGCUCUAUCAGAGAUCGGAGCUGAGCAGGAGCCUGAAGCCAAGCCUAAAGCCAAGCCUGAAGCCCAGCCAGAUCCCAAAGCUCAGUCAAAGUCUGAGACCCCCGGUGAGGCACAACCUAAGGCCACGACCCACCCCAAGGCCGAGACGAGAGCCCAGUCAGAGGGCAAAUCUGAAGCCAAGCCUAAGGAGAAACAAAAAAUGAAGCGCCUGAGGGAGGAAGAUGUCUUUAACCGCAUAGGAAAGCGAUCCAGAAAGGACAGUGAACAAAAAAAGGAGGUGGGUGAAAGUCCCAAAGCAGUGCCUGAAAACAAUGCUGAGACAACAGAGGAUAAGCACAACACACUGUUAGAAUCGGAUGAGGCUACCCCCAAACCAGCUGACACUCAGGAGAAAACAGCUACGCCCAAGAAAGGUAGGAAAGAGCGCGAAAAGGAGAAGGUCGUGGAAAAAGACGAAACUGAAGUAAAGCCAGUGAGGGAAAGAAGUAAGCGACAAGCAGAACGGCAGUCAAGGAAACACGCCGAUGUUGAGAAGGCACUGUCUCCAGACACGAAGGACGACACUGAACGACAAUCCAGGAGAGCUACCAAGGCAGAAAAACCAUUGUCGCCAGACGCAAAACGUGACACUGAACGGCAGUCCAGAAAGGGCAACAAGACAGAGAAAGCACUGUCUCCAGGCACAAAGCACGAUUCUGAACGGCAAUCCAGAAGGGGCACCAAGACGGACAAGACACGGUCUCCCGAUGUGAAGCACAACGAAAAGAGCGUCAAAGGCGACGGCGCGCCGUUCAGCACAGAUGCAGAGCCGCAAUUCCCGACGGAGAAGCAGAUCAGAGAAGCCGCACUUGCGAAGCUAGCAGCAAAGAGUGAGAAACCAGUGGAUCCAUACGAAAUUCCACUGCCACCACCAUCUGACAUUCCGUCUGUACCUGACGAGGAUGACGAGGAUGACAUGGCCAUCGACGAGGUUCCCACAUUAGAGUUAACACAACGAGAGCUCAAGCUUUACGAAAUGAGCCCACACCUGAUCGAACACAGUUACACCAAGAUCCCGGAUGACGAAGAAGCAGAUGAUGAGGAUAAGCAGCAGACGCCAUCACCUCCCCGCAAGAGGGGCCGAUCGUUAGCAUUGGAGAAUGAAGCCGAGCUUGACGAGCCAGGGAAGUCGCCACCGCCACGACGCCGGCAGCGGCGCAAGAAGGGAGUCGGCGAGAGUACCACACAGCAUGAGGCAAAAGGGGAUAAAUCAGCACCCCUCAUUAUGGGGCAGAAAAAUGCAGGGGCUCCAUAUGUCCCACAAUCAACACAUGAAAUGUGCAGGUUGUGCAGUAAUAUUUUCUUUCUUUUUUUUUUGCAAGGUUCGCUGUUGGCAAAGUUCACUGGGCACAUGGUCCACCAAAAGACACGGUAUCGUGGCUCGGCACCUGGAAGUAGCCUUGCAUUGAGGGAAACAUUCUUUAACGAUUCUCAUCCAGUGGCAAGACCAAUGCAAAGACUGCAACAACAAGAGCUUCUACAGGAUGAACACUGCAUCCAGGGUGAAGUCAAAGUUGCUGCAGAUCUGAUGGAGUCUGAUCUUGCAAUUUCUAUAGGUGAGGUAAUGAAGUCACAACAGCCUGUUAAGCCUUGCACAAUACGCUCGCGUCGUUCUAAGUGCACUAAAAGGCAAAAGCCACCACCAGCAGACAAUGAACAAGACUCGCACAGGGAUGCAGAGUUGGCGGCAAACUUCUCAAAGCCAUUUUUGCCUGACAAAGUGCAAGAGUCAUCAGCAUUUUCGAGAAUGUGCUCAAGGUUGAAAUCCUACACUGUCCUUAAAGACACAGCUCCCCAACUCAUUGAUGAGUCAGCGUCAACAGGUGAUAAAAAAGACCUGCCCAAGGAUGCAACGUUCACAACAGAUGACUUGAAGCCCACUUUCCCUGAUGAACUGCAACAGCCAUCAGCAUUUUCAAGACUUUGCACAAGGUUCAAAUCCUACGGCAUUCUCGAAGACACAGAUCAUCAACAGAGCACGGUCGUUCUUCAAAGGCAUUCCACUUUCGAGAAGAGUAGUGAAGCACUGUGGGCUGAAGAUCAACAGCGCACAUUGGAUGGCAAACCACCAGAAGAAGAUAACGGCUGCGCGGAGAUUGCCAGUGCCCUAUUACCAGCCAAGGACAAAGGACUGGCAUGCAACGUGGAGCAGGAGCACAGACCACAUCAGGUCAUGAAGGUCACCACAUCAGCAGCUUGCCACAGAGGUAAAGGAGCUGUUGAAAAGUGUUUUAAAGUAAAAACAGAAGGAUAUCAAGACUCCGAAAGAGCUGAUGCGGGGCACGAAGAACACAUCAACGAGCCAUGUGCUGAAGCAGACCAUCUAGUGGCAGACAACGAGACAAGCCUGGGAGAUAUGGCAACAAGGGGUGCAUAUGGCAAGGCAUGCCUUUCAGCCGAUGAUGAAGAGCACGCAGGCAGCUCUAGAAAAGGCAGAGAGUCCACUAAGGUGCCAACACAUUGGAGAAAAGAAGUCGUGAAAGGUUAUUUGAGCAAUGAACCUGAAGACAAAAGACCGCAGAAUGAGGAUGCUGCUGUAGACAAGGGAGAGGUGGAAAGAAAGAAGCGAAGGCUGAGCAAGAGCCCCUACUUCAAAGCAGCAGGCGAGCCCCUGGGUUUCAAGAUUGGCUCCAAGCCCUGGGUGCCACCACAGUCGCCGUACAACCUUGUGCAGGAGCAGCUCUACAGGGAUCCCUGGAAAGUCCUGAUAGCAACUAUAUUUCUCAAUCGCACCACAGGCAAGGCAGCCAUUCCCAUCCUGUGGCAGUUCCUGGAUCUCUACCCAACUGCACACGCUGCUAUCAACGCAGACACUGAGGAGAUUGCCAAGCUGUUGCAGCCACUCGGUUUGCACAGGAAGCGUGCAGCCAUCAUACAGAAGUUCUCCGAGGAGUACCUGACCAAAGAAUGGCGAUACCCAGAUGAGCUACAUGGAAUCGGCAAGUACGGAAGUGACUCAUACCGUAUCUUCUGCAUCAACGAAUGGAGAAAGGUCAAGCCCAACGACCACAUGCUGAACAAGUACCAUGCCUGGUUGAAGACACAGAACCUGGACUGAGUACUGCCUCAGACCUGAACACCUGUGGCUUCAGUUGUCCAUUCUCACCGGGCACGAAAGGAGUUGGCCUGCUAGAGAAAAGCAGACAUGCAACAAUGUGAUGGAAGUUGAGGAGAGUCCUACAAUGUAACGACCAUUUUAGCUUUUCCCACAGAUCACUUUUGGCUCUGUUUUACUGAAAAGUGUUGCCAAGUUGUGAAGUGCUUUCAUGAGCUAACAGCGCUGACAAGUUCUUUCUGAGUAAAUUGUUUUUCAGCCUUACUCAUAAAACCUGUUACAUUGCAGUUUGCCGGCAUUAUUAGCCUAUCUAUUUUAUCAUUCUCAAGAGUGUUCUUGCAAAGAAAGGACAAGUUUGUAUUGCUUUUAGUGCUUUGUUAGUUUCCAUGUUACAUCUUUUUAUAACCGCUCAUGAAGUGACUGCUACCUACUACGUGUGAACUUUGAAUUCACUGUACUGCGGUGUACUGAUAGACCUACAGCUUGGCAAGAACACUUCAGUUCUGCACUACAACGUGAAAAGACACUUCACAGCUGUUUGAGUCCUGUUUCGUGUUUAACGCCCUUUGUACUCAUAAGCUUACCACAAGCUGAAAGUCCUUUUCAUUGUUUUGUCUUGAACUGAACAUCAGUCUACUUGCUUUUUGUUUAAUUCUCUAUGCUUGUUUUAAAUCAGAAAUCUAAUUACAAGCAGAAGUUGAGUAACAUUGCUUACCUUAUCUUUCAAAGAUAUGCAAAUUUCUCGUUUAGUGAGUUAGCAAGCUGUAGUUUGAGGCGGGCUUCACCGAAAUCGAGCAGCUGCCAAACAUGUGCUACAAUAGUAACAACCAUUUACUAUCACAAAUGUAGUUCGGGUUGCUUUAUUUCUGUGAGGACAGGCUAUGCAUAAGUGGGCACUAACACAACCCUUUACUUAGUUCUUUUUGAAAGGAAAAAGAAAAAAAAAACUUGGUUUCACUUUUGCAAAGCUGUAAGGUUUAUUGAAAACAAUCUAUCUUGCAUCUUGUAUGUUACCUAUCACGUUUUACAUAAUGUAGACAAGCUGCUUUGUGCUGCAACAAAGAAUGUGAGAAAGUAAGAAACCAGUGGUUGCUGUGGUUUAAAGUAAGUGCACUGUGUUCUUUUGUUUCUUGUGUGUGCAUAUGUGUGCCCAUUUACUGUAUAUUCACAAAAUCAUUGCUUAAGCUGCUACAAGGACAUUUAGACACUUAGCAGCUUCCAGGUCAGAGCAGGCAUUUCUCUGUUCGUGUAUAUUAAUCAACUCUUGGUCAUUCACAUCAUAUUGAAAGCAACUGUGAUUCAGACUGUUAACCAGUGUGUAACUGCUGCAUCAUUUGGAUCAUAUCCAAAGCAACUGUAAUUUAUGCUGUUCACCAAAUGUCAUAUCAUUCAAGGCAUUGUUUGUAUAACAUUAGGCAUGUCACAGUGUACAGCUCUCCAAGACUUUAAUUAUCUCACUGAGGCCUAGACGGAUACAACAGCCCCUGCCUGUCAUGUCAGUCAGCUCUCCCCUAAGAAUAUUAAAAACGUGGAGAAUUGUACACGGCUCAAAAAUUGCUUAACUGAACGAUUCUUUAAUAUCGAUAAUGAAUGUUACUGUCACUUUGCUUAUGGCAACAAUUUAAUUGCAUAAAUGAAAUGGGUUUUAUUGUUUUUAAACUUCCUUUGAACAAUUUUAAGGUGGACUGUUAUCUUUAAUUUUAUUGCCUACUCAUUAGUUUUCAUAGUGAUAUAAAGGAAUCAGUCUCACAUAGCGUUAAAAUGAAGUGCUGUGUGCAGCACAGAUUAUGCUUUAUUACAUGUUGUUUUACUGCUACACAAUAAAUACGGGUUCUGUAAUUUUCCUACAUCAAAUGUCUCGUGAAAUCCUUAGCAGUGUGUACUAUGUAAUAGUGUUAUGCUUAACACACUGCUACCCUUGCAUUGACUUAACAAAAAGUACUAGCAUUAGUGAACACUUGUCAAGUGCUGUUGUUUAUAUGUUGUGCUUCUGUUUCCUGUCGCCCUGUUUUCAUUUUCUUUCACCUGUAGGAUUACUUACAAUGCUGUCCAAAUCAAAUAAGCUUCCUGCUGUGUAUGUCAAAUGUUCAGAGGUAGCUGUAUAUCUGUUCAGUAUUCCAGGAACUUUAAUAAUUAGAGCGCUUUUUGUUUUGUUCUUUUUUUCUCGUUUCUCUGUUUGUUUCAUUAUGUGUUUCAUUAGCCUAAUUUCUAGCUAAUGUUUCUCAAAUUUUCAGUAUAGAACAAACCACUUCUGUAAUUGCUGUUUCUAAGCAUGGCAAAAAAUAUUAUUAAUGUAUUUAUUUAUUUAUUUAUUUAUUUAUUUAUUUAUUUAUUCCAAAUACCUUCCAGGGCAAAUGCAUUGUAGGGGAGAGUGGUUACAAAGGAACGGUAAGUUAUACAAAGUUAUACAAAAGAAACGGUAAUUCAGAAACUAUUAAGGCAGACUACAGGAAAUAACAACAAAGCAAAAAACAAGAACUGCAUGAUACAAACAAAAUGACUUGCUGUAUAGCACAGUUAGUUACAAUGAAAAAAUGAAAAUAAGGAUUGUUUGAACAAAUCAUGAUUCGUGAUGGAAACAAGAUUGGCAGGAAGGUGGUUCCAGUCGCGUGGGAUGUUCAGUGCGAAAGAGUGUGAAAAUGUGUACUUCAGGCGUGCUUCUUAGAGCCAUUAGUUGCAGUCUUGAACAUUGGGACCCUCAUCUGUAUAAUUUUGACACUGUAACUAACAUGGAAUGCAAUAAUAAAUAUCAAUUGAUUAAUUGAUUGAUUUAAAAGGACAUUAGUUGCUUUGUGGAACUUAGAGCAGAAGAAAAAAUUGGUCCAUCGCUCUUUCAAAGAGGUUGGCCAUAACACAAAAAUGAAACAUGUAUUUUAAGAACCAGUGGCAGCUUCGUUAGGCAUUCACAAAUACAAGUGCACUAUUAAAGGUGCAGUCCUUUAUUAUAUACAGUUUCGCUCGAAAGUGUCCAUGUUGCCAGGCAUAUACCGUAUAGAAUCAUGUAAGAGCCACACCCCCUACUUGGCAGCCCAAUAUUUGAAAAAGAAA